GUAUUUGACGACACACGUGUUCGUCAUGAGCCAUACACCUUCCGUGUUGGUCUGGGCUUCGUGAUCGGUGGCUGGGACAAGGGCAUCCCUACCAUGAUGAAGGGUGAGAGGUCUCUCUUCGUGAUGGACUCAUCUGUGGCUUAUGGAGCGCAGGGUGCUGGAUGGAAGAUACCACCGAACGCGACGGUGCGUUUCGAUAUUGAGCUUCUGGGUUGGGAGGAGAUUGAUGACAUGGGCCCCGAUGAUAUAGAGCCGGAAUGGGAAGCUCCACUCGUUGGACGGGAUGACGUUGGCGAGGGCGGGAAAGAUCCUAGUGGGAAGUAUACAUGGGAGCGGAAUGGCCUGGAGGUAUUGGUUAAGGCACAACUUCCCGACGACACAGUGCCCAAAGACAUCCGGGCGGAAUUCUUUCCCACCAGGGUCUUUGUGUCCGUCAAGGGGCAGGAGGUCCUCAGCGGAACCCCUAGCAUUGACCUGGAUUGGGAAGAGUGCUACUGGGACAUGAGCAGGGAAGAAGAGAUUCAAGAUGACCCACAGGCGAAGCUGUGGCUGCUGAUUCAUCUCCACAAGAAGGAUGCAGAGAAGGUUCGAUGGCCAGACUUCCUUCUGAAAGAGACGGACUCUGACUGA